CGCCCGCGGCACCCGCUGCCCCGCCGGCGCCUCUCCGCCCUCCGGGCCUCCCGCAGCCUCCUCGGCGCCCCGCUGCAGAGCCCCUCGGUGUCCAUCAGCGCCCCGGUGCCGCCCCCCGCCUUGUUCCCCUCAACGCCCCGGUGAUCCCCCUGGUUCCCCAUAGCCCCCCGCUCCGCUCCCUUUCCUCUCAGCUUCCCCCCGUCCCCGGUUCCCCCGUAGCUCCCCCGGUGCCCCCCGGUGCCCGCCGCCAUGAGCGAGCUGAAGGACUGCCCGCUGCAGUUCCACGACUUCAAGUCGGUGGACCACGUGAAGGUGUGCCCCCGGUACACGGCCGUGCUGGCCCGCUCGGAGGACGACGGCAUCGGCAUCGAGGAGCUGGACACGCUGCAGCUGGAACUGGAGACGCUGCUCUCCUCCGCCAGCCGCCGUCUCCGUGUCCUGGAGGCUGAGACCCAGAUCCUGACGGACUGGCAGGACAAGAAGGGCGACCGGCGUUUCCUGAAGCUGAGCAAGGACCACGAUGUGGGCACCUCUGUCAAGCACGGGAAGCCCAAGAAGCAGAAGCUGGAGGGCAAAGGGGGCCAUGGGACAGGGCCUGGCCCCGGCCGGCCCAAGUCCAAGAACCUGCAGCCCAAGAUCCAGGAAUACGAGUUCCAGGAUGAUCCCAUUGACGUGCCCCGCAUUCCCAAAAACGAUGCUCCGAACAGGUUCUGGGCAUCGGUGGAGCCGUACUGUGCCGAUCUCACCAAUGAGGAGGUCAGAGUCCUGGAGGAGCUGCUCAAGCCACCGGAGGAUGAGGCAGAGCAUUACAAGAUCCCACCCCUGGGGAAGCAUUACUCGCAGCGCUGGGCCCAGGAGGACCUGCUGGAGGAGCAGAAGGACGGAGCCCGGGCGGCAGCUGCUGCGGACAAGAAGAAAGGUGUCCUAGGGCCACUGACCGAGCUGGACACCAAAGGUGCCUCUGUCCCCACCUGCCCUCGCCCAGAGGGGCUGCGAGCACCCAUGCCCGGCAGAGCUGAGCCCUGGUCCCUCGCCCCACACACCCGGGGGUGGCAGCUACCCUGCCCCGCUGCUUACCUCUGUGUGUUUGGGGUUGGUUUUUUUUCCCCUUCCCACUUCCUCCCAGAUGUGGAUGCCCUGCUGAAGAAGUCAGAGGCCCAGCACGAGCAGCCAGAGGACGGGUGUCCCUUUGGGCCCCUGACGCAGCGUCUCCUGCAGGCCCUCGUGGAGGAGAACAUCAUCUCCCCUGUUGAGGACUCCCCCAUCCCCGAGAUUGCCGGCAAGGACUCGGGAGCCGAUGGCGCCGGUACGUCUCCCCGCAGCCAGAACAAGCCCUUCAGCGUCCCCCACACCAAGUCACUGGAAGGGCGGAUCAAGGAGGAGCUGGUGGCCCAGGGCCUGCUGGAAUCGGAGGACCGGCCGGCCGAGGACUCGGAGGACGAGGUGCUGGCCGAGCUGCGCAAGAGGCAGGCCGAGCUGAAGGCCCUCAGUGCGCACAACCGUGCCAAAAAGCAUGAGCUGCUGAGGCUCGCCAAGGAGGAGCUGCACCGGCAGGAGCUGCGGCAGCGUGUCCGCAUGGCCGACAACGAGGUGAUGGACGCCUUCCGCAAGAUCAUGGCGGCCCGGCAGAAGAAGCGCACGCCCACGAAGAAGGAGAAGGACCAGGCCUGGAAGACCCUGAAGGAGCGGGAGAGCAUCCUCAAGCUGCUGGACGGGUAGCAGGGACCGAGGACCCCCCUCAGCCGUGGACCUCAGCAGCCGGGGGUGGCGGCUGUGCCCUCGUCACCCGUGGGGUGCCGGCAUGCCCACACCCUGCCUGUGCUUGCCGCGUGGGACGGGGGGUGCAGCCCCCGCACGCCCUGGGCCUACUCGGGGCCUCCCCACCUGAGUGAUGGGUCCUGGCUGCUGUCCUCUCGCUGUCCCCUGCCUGCACGGGGCUGUCACCCACCCAGGCUGGGGCCUGUGGAGGUGCUGGGAUCCCUCGAGGGAACAGCCCUGCCCGUGGCCGGCGGCUUCUGCUCCAGUGUCGUCCCCCCCCCGCGCUCCCCCUGUUAUUCUGGGAGCGUGACAUCAGCCGGGCUGCUGCGUGGGGCGGAUGUGGUGGCUGCUGCGGAGCGGCUCCCAUGGUCCCCUGUCCCUCCCCACGGCCCCGGGCGAGGGCGGAAUGAAACCCAGCUCCCCACGGAGUGGGCUGGGAGGUGUGGGAAGGGGAAGGGGCCGGCAGGGCGGGGGGGAGGCGGUGGGGGCGGCCGGGAUCUCCAUGUACCGGUGGUUUCUGCUGCCGCGUGUGCGGGCAAUAAAAGCAGCCCGGUGCA